AGCGGAAGAGGUGUUGCUUAUUGGCGGUACCUUGACGCUGGCUCAGAAGGAGUGACUCGUUGACUGCGGCCACCGCAAUUUCGGCAACAUGGGAGACGCUGUAGGAUUUAUUCUAAACGGAUUUUAAGAAGUGUGGGGAAAAUGGCAGAAAGGUUGGAGUGGGUGGAGAUCAUCGAGCCGCGCACGCGGGAGCGUAUGUACGCCAACCUGCUGACGGGUGAGUGCGUGUGGGACCCUCCGCAGGGCGUUUGCAUCAAGCGAACUGGCGACAACCAGUGGUGGGAGCUGUUUGACCCCAACACUUCGCGCUUCUACUACUACAACGCCUCCACCCAGCGCACAGUAUGGCACCGACCCCAGGCCUGCGACAUCAUCCCCCUGGCCAAGCUGCAGACUCUGAAGCAGCACACUGAUGCCACCAAUCCCCGUCCUGCAGGCGGAGGAGGGAGAGCGUCAGCUGACAACAGUCCGGGACGUAACAGCGGGGUCAGCCGAGAGGGGAGUACCUCCUCCUCCCUGGAUCAGGAGCUUUCUGAGAAACAGGGCAACAGAGAGGAGGCAGACAGGACUUCUCCCUUCAGGUGGAACACUGGUACAAAGGAGCGAAUGUUGAUCAAGGUGACAGACAGAGAGCCCAGCUUCUUGGCCCACCAGGGAAAUGGUUACUCCCCCUGUGACCCUCCCACCCCUGGUCCUCCCUCUGGAGGGGGCACCACCUCACGAACCCGCCGUUCCUCUGGAGGAAACCCACCUUCGGAACCCGAAGGCUCCCCCGUUCUCUACGCCGACCGCCGCCAGUCUCCUUUCCUGAAGCGGGCUGAGCUGGGUGGUACCGGCACCCACCGCCGCUCCUCAGCCGACUCCCAGCCCCCCUCGCCCCGCUACGCCUAUGAACCCCCGCUGUAUGAGGAGCCGCCAUCAGAGUACCAGCCCCCUCCCAUCUACGAGGAGCCUCCCACUGACAUGCACCUCUCUGACUCCUCCUUCUACGGCACCGGCAAGUCACCCGCUCGUAAGUCUUCAGCCCCCCUUUAUCACUCUCCCAAGCAAGGCCAGUCACCCUAUGGCCAGCUGGUUCUGACCCGGCAGAAGUGUCCAGAAAAGACCCAGAGUCUGGAGUACAGUCCUGUGGGGAAGGAGUACGUCAAACAGCUUGUGUACGUGGAGCAGUCGUCUUCCAGCCCUCGCUUCAAGACCGCUGAUCGCCUGCUGCGUUAUGGCACUACGGGGGGCUAUGGUGGCUCAUAUGGGGGGUCCUAUACUCUGCAGCACAGCCAGUCUCUAAUUAGGGACCCCCGCCUACUGCUGGACUACAGUGGGGAGGGUGGAGAGGGAGGCCAGAGGUUGCUUUACGAAGACUCCAUAUCCUGGACGUCCAGCCAGACCCAUUCCCUUUCCUCCUCCUCUACAGGCGGUCCUGGGGCUUUCUCUCCUGGAGGUAACCGCAAACGCAAGAGCCGCAAGCCAUCCCUACCCCAGGAACUGGCACGUUGUGGAGGGUUGGAAGGGGAGCUGGCAGGCACAGCAUCUGAGGCAAUGCUGGCCCAAGCCAGGCUGGCGUGGGAGGCCCAGCAGGUGAUGAAACAGAGGAGCAGUUGGGAUUCGGGGCAGGGGGGCGGGGCAGGUCAUGGCGGCAGCUCCAAAGAUGGCUAUGAGAGUGACGGGGCGCUGCCUCUUCCGUUACCGGGACCCGUGGUGAGGGCGUUCAGUGAGGAUGAGGCACUAGCGCAGAGCGAUGGCCACCACUGGAAACGCAGCACCUUCGAUCGGCUGGGUUUCCCCCAAGCCCUGCUGGAGAAAAGCCUCUCUGUCCAGACCAACCUGGCCUCCCCUGAACCUUACCUCCACCCCUCACAGUCGGAGGACCUCGGAGCCUGCGCCCAGUUUGAGGCCAGUCGAAAUGCCAGGAAUAUGAUGCCGAGCGCCAGCUGUGGCAUUUUCCCAGAAUUCACCCUGAGAAAGCCCUCCUCAGAGACCGACAUCGAGAACUGGGCGUCCAAGCACUUCAACAAACACACACAGGGUCUGUUCAGAAGAAAGGUGUCCAUUGCCAACAUGCUGGCCUGGAGCAGUGAGCCUAUCAAGAAGCCCAUGAUUGUGACCUCAGACCGCACCGUGAAGAGGGAAGCAGUGGACAUCUUUAAGCUCAUCCAGACCUAUAUGGGAGACCGUCGCUCUAAGGCUGAUCCCUUUUCUGUGGCUCUGGAGGUGGUGGUGCGUGGGUGGAGCAACCAGGGUCUGCGAGAUGAGCUCUACAUCCAGCUGUGUCGUCAAACCACUGAGAACUUCCGCUACGACAGCCUGGAGCGAGGCUGGGAGCUGAUGGCCAUCUGCCUGGCCUUCUUCCCCCCCACGCCACGCUUUCACACCUACCUGGAGGGCUACAUCUACCGGCACAUGGACCCUCUCAACGACACCAAAGGAGUGGCCAUUAGCAGCUAUGCUAAAUACUGCUACAGGAAGCUGACAAAAGCUGCUCUGACUGGAGCCAAGAAGGGCCUGCAGAAACCCUGUCUGGAGGAGAUCAAUCACGCCAGGAAUGCCAUCUUCAGUCCCUCCAUGUUUGGCUCCUCCCUGGAAGAGGUGAUGGCGCUCCAGAAGGAGCGGUAUCCUGACAGCCAGCUGCCCUGGGUGCAGACUCGCCUUUCUGAAGAGGUUCUGGGUCUCAAUGGUGACCAGACAGAAGGCAUCUUCAGGGUACCGGGGGACAUAGAUGAAGUCAAUGCCCUCAAGCUGCAAGUGGAUCAAUGGAAAAUACCCACAGGACUGGAAGACCCACACAUCCCAGCGUCUCUGCUGAAGCUCUGGUACAGGGAGCUGGAGGAGCCUUUGAUCCCUCAUGAGUUUUAUGAAGAGUGUAUCAGUCACUAUGACAACCCAGAGGCAGCCGUCAAUGUGGUGCUGGGCCUGCCACACAUCAACAAACUGGUGCUCUGCUACCUCAUCCGCUUCCUACAGGUAUUUGCCCAGCCUGCCAAUGUGGCCAUAACUAAGAUGGAUGUGAACAACCUGGCCAUGGUCAUGGCUCCCAACUGCCUGCGCUGCCAGUCCGACGACCCCAGGGUGAUCUUUGAGAACACCCGCAAGGAGAUGUCCUUCAUCCGGGUGCUCAUCCAGCGGCUGGACACCAGCUUCAUGGAUGGAAUCCUAUAGCCCCCCCACCACACACACACAUACACACACACGUGCGCACACACGCACGCAUGCACGCACACACACAUACACACACACACACACACAUAUACACACACACACACACACACACACACACACACACAAACUUCCAUACCUUACCCCCAGCCUCCCCUACCCUCCCUUUAAGCCCCUCCAUGACAGGCCCCUCUCACAGUCCCCCAGCACAGGAACACCAUACACACAUAUUGUUGCUGCUGGGUGAAUACCUUGCCUCUCCAACAUGUUUACUUUUCUGGAACUAACAAAAAAACUGCUUUAGGUUUUUCCACUGUACAUUUUCAGUUCAACCAGCUGUUUUUUCUAUUUCUGUAGGUAGUCCUUUAACUGACAUUUACAUAGAAAAACACCAGUAUAGCAGGUCCAAGGUUUUCAUAUAACUGUACUGUAUGUGCCUUCACAUACAUUAAUACAGUAUGAAGGAAUUAGCAGGGAUCUCAUCAUUUCGUUGGAUUUAUUCAUUCUAUUGUCACACUCUUAUUUUAAACCCAGUGUCUUUGUUUUAUAUGAACUUAUUUUUCUGUUUCCCCUGCUUAUGCACACAUAAAAUCACACACAAAUUCACCUUUCCUAAACCCCACCCUUUUUGCUCUAUGCAGAACCUUGGUCAGCUUUCUCUUUUUAAUUUUUUUUGUUGUUGUUGCUAGUACUCACUGCCUUCCUUGAUUUGGUUGGUUAGGUUUAGGCAUGAGGAGUGAAACUGGUUAGGAUGAUAGUGACAACAGCUGGUGAUGUCCCGCCCAUACACUCUGUUGACUCAAUCCUGAGCAGGGCUCAACUGUCAAUCAUGAUGUGAAAACUCCCCCGAGCUAACCGGGCACCCCAUGUUACUGCCUUUUUAACAUAGACGAGCCUAGUACAUAGCAUAUAGGUUCUAACCAAGGCUUGCUCAACUGUUAUUGGAGCACAGAGCGAAAAGGGGCGGGACUUAGAAACACACGUUACGCACAUAUCAGUACAUGCACACACUUACAUACAGUACUAAGUCUUACCCCAGGAUUCCACCCUAUUGCUUGUUCGGGAUUCCAGUGUACAAUGCCAUCUAACACAAAGCAAGAACUAGCUGAAUGAUGCAUUCAUUUAAACACAUACACACACAUUCUGCCACAGGGGUUAAAAUCUUUCACAUACAGAUAUCGAGCAUAACUGCACCAUUGCAUCAGUACUUUAUCAGAUAGAUCCUGCUAGAUUAAUGCCUCAGACACAAGACGGAAAGGUGAAGCUUUGUCCAACAGUUUCGGCCCGUGUUUUACACUGCCACAACAAUGAGCUGACAGCUCAACACAGAGGCUCUUUACUCCUCCGUUUGUUAUCCUGCCUCAAAAUGGCAAACUUGUGCUGUCUCAAUGGAAUAGAAACCUUAAAGACAAAACAUGAGGGUGAAAAAUAACUUAAACAUUAAACAUGUAUGGCUGUAAAGGAAAACAGUGAUAAGGUGAUUGCUCUUUUGGCCACUUAGCCAUCAAGUGAGGAGGACUUGGACACUAAACCUCUAGAUGUGUUCAAGUCUCGAAUACGUCCACUAUGUGGGUUUAUAGACACAUUAGCAGUUCCGAUUGUUAGUACCAUUCUUAAGAUUUUAAGUAUGAAGUGAACAAAACAUACUGAACACAUCUUAUUUUAAAAGUAGGUUGUCACUCUGUGUGAGGACCAUUGGUUAUAUCAUUCAGGGUAUGUGCAGAUCUUAAAAAGUCAUUACAUUUAGUUUCCCUCAAAGAAAAGAAGUGGAUGUAGCCACUGUGAUGUCACCCACUGGUUUGUGGACUACCGUUGUGAAGCCUCGAGUUUGGCAUUUUGGCUGUCACAUCUUGGUUUUCUGGAGGGAGAAGUGCCAUAUUUGGACGAGAGGGUUACUGUUAGCACUGCAAAUGCUAUUGCAAAAGUUAUCGGCUACACUUCUACUAGCUUGGUACAUCCAUAGUUCACAUUAACUGUGAUAUUAAUCGGCAUGCUAAUUUUGGCUAGCGGCCAACAACUUGUCAACAAAGUGUCUUAGCACAAAUCAACUGAACUGAUUUUUAGGCAACAAACAUAUUACAAUUAACUUUAAUGAACUGGGUCAAAGUUCUAAGACCAAGACACAGACAGUUCCCAAAAACGAGUUAAUUGCUAUCUAAACGUAGACAGUUCCAUGGUUACGCACUGCUAUGCCUCUAUCCUGAUUAAGUUUGCUGAGGUAGUGACAAUUCAUCAAUCUAUGGUACAGGUGGAUUUUGGUGUCCACGUUGUAAUCAGUUUAGUUGGUACUUAAUGGCUGAACCAACAAAGGACAUCAGCCAGUGACUCCUGCCUUGGUUCCAUGACAGAUGAACGCCUAUCCUUGGUUGUAACAUGCAAACAGUAUCCUGUAUCUUGUAUCGUUUGCGUUAAUCUGUAGAAAUCUGGUCGUGUCUGUCCACCUGCCACAGUAUUUGGUGCUGUCCAGUCACUUUAGCUAUUGAAAACAGCCCUCCUGAACCCGUGAGCCACGGAUAACAGUAGUAUGGAUGCAGCACUGCCAAUAAGGCCCCAACCAUAAUAUUUAAACACCUCCCCCACCCGACCCGACCCACCACUGAACCCCAACAAGCCUUUCUGCUCACUAAUGAUUUGUGAAUGUGUCUACCUGCGUGCUUGUCUGUCUGUCUGUCCGUCCACCAUUGUUUACAAAAAUGUACCCAUCUCAUGCAUCCAUAUGGUCUUUGUCUAUGAGCCAGUACUGUUGUUUAUUGUAUUCAUUUGAGAUUUUUGCUGUAUUUAACUGAAUUUCUGUUUUUAACCCUUUUUAUAUGAUUUAAUUUAUUUAUAUUUAUUUGAGGAGAUUUCCUUAAUGCCUUCUCAAAAUAUUGUAUUGUAGGCGGUAUGUGUGUUUUUGUUACGGCACAUGCGUGUAUGAUUGUGUAGAUCGAGUAUAGUUUUCAAUAUGGUAGGGCACAUACGUGUUAAUGUAUGACUGUAAAUCUUGCUGUACCAGUUUGAUUCAUUUGGAUUCUUUUGUGACACAACUGAAAGGAUGAUUGUGAAUGGUCCAUGGAGACACACACACGGACCAUCCUGGAAACACACUGACUUCCACCUUAAAGGUCCAGAUAACACUCACAGUUAAUCUUGUCUAAACCUUUUUCUUCAUGAAGAGACUGAGUGUCGCUGUGUGUGACGUGCCGCUCACUCACUCAGACAUACACACUCCACAUAGAUUACAUGUACAUUGACACUGUACAGACUAUGUAAAAAUAAGUAUAUAGAGAAACAAGAGAGGAAAAGGCACCAUAUGUAACAGUGGAAGUUUACUGUGGAAGUUAUUGUAAAAGGGUGGGGGGUUGUUGAAUUUUCUCUUUUUUUAAAGUCUUGUUUAAGUGUAACUUUUCCUCACAUUGAUAGAGGUCUAAAAGUCGCAAUUUAAUCCCCAUCUCCGAACAUCCAUUCAAGUACCAGAAAGUGUUUUUAAGCCCCGAUAUCUGUAACUGUAGAUUCAUACUGAUGAAAGAAGUUAUUUGUCUGGAGGGAAAGUUUGACCUUUGUCUGGAAAAAACAGAAAUCUGCAGAGAAACAUUCCUACAUGCCUCAUUGAGAUUAUGAGAUGCAGAGGUCAGUGAUCAAUCCAGUCCUCCCUGUGGAACCACCUGAGAUCAGCCACCUUUCUGCUGAGUGCAACAGAGACAUUAUGUCGAUGUCCUACUAGUAAUCUGGAAUACAUAUUCAGUGUUUGCAUACAUUGUAUUUUUAGACAGAAAACUGGAGAGUGUGGCAAUAAUACAGUGGGAAUUUAACUUACUUACUGAUGGAUAAUUUAUGUAAUCUACAGAAAAAGGGCUAAGAAAAUAUUAGGAUGGUUAAGGCAGUUGCAAGAUGGUUUAAAACGAGUAGUCCCCCACAUUUCAGGAAACAUUCUUGUUUGCUGACUUAAAUUUCAAAGUAAGUCAUCCGAACAAAAGUGUUUUGUUCUGAAUGGCCACACUGGAGCGCACCAGAAAUCCUGCCAUUCUAUAGAGGUAGGAGACAUGAGGAACUGUACAAUAUAACAGCGCACACGUUUGGAAGACUGAAGAAUGUGAGUUUAACAGACAUGUUCAACAUAGGGCUUUGAUUGGACCUGAGCCUGAAAAGAUUCUGUGCAAGCCCGAACCAAGCCCAAACCAUGGAGGUACUUUUGGGCCAGAGCCCGACUCAAACCCGGAUUUAUGCUUUAAAUGAUUUAUUUAUUUAGUUAAUUACACGCUAAAGUAAACUACAAUCUGCAUAUUAUAUAGUGCAAAUUAUCUAAACUAAUAACAAAUUCACUCACUAAUUACAGUUGUAUGCAUUAUUAAUAAAAUGUUGAAUAUAUAUAGAUUUAAAGAAUGGAAUUCUCUCUGAGCCCGGUGGGUUGUGUCCAAUUAGAUUUGGGCAGAGAAUCAAGGCUGUAGUUCAGUCGACUUUUUUUAACCUCACCUACCUUCUAGCUAAGACAAACCAUUAUUAUAGCUAAUAAUGGUCAGACAAAGCCCCUCGGUGUCAGGGAGGUGUGCAGGAAAGUCGUUUCAGACUGUUUGACGAUCAGACUAGCACUUUGCUUUAAGCUUGCAGACAGUCAGUCGCAAUCAGUUUGGUUCCUGCACACAGUAGGGAAAUACUCCAGGUUUGGAGUGACUCUUAAGAGAAAAAAACAGAAAAGGAUCACAAAUCUCACAAUCAGAAUCACUCAACCUGUCCCUCAUUUGACAACUGACUUCUUUAUGAGGUAUGAAUUUCGCCAAAUGUUUUCAUUUUAUUUCCUGUAAAAGCAAUUAGUAAAUGAGGAGAUAGCCAGGGCAGGCUGAAAUGUGUGUAUGAGUGUGUAUGUGGUGUGUGUUUGUGAGAGUGUCUUUGUUUUAUGUAACAGAUGGUUGUAGAUAGACCCAGCAAAUCAACCAGUUAGCAUGCAGACAUAGGGUCUUCACUCUCUUUGACUUGAAUUUACUAAAAUAUGAGAAUAUACAAGGAAAACAAAACAGAAUUUAAAGAACAUAAGUGUUACAGUAUUUAGCUUUAAAAAAUCCACUAAGAAAAAGAUUAAGCUCUUUUUAAUCCGUUUUUCUGAUUGUUUUUUCUACUUGGUUCCUACUAAUGAUGAAUUGGUAGUCGCUGUCGAUGCUGUUUGUCUAAUGUAAAGAAAAUGACAAUGAAGAGAAGGUGUGAGACAGCUGCUGUGAAACUGCUCUUCACCUCGAUGUCAAUCCUCCAGGUUUUUCAGUUGUAUCUUAAUGUCCACUGUCACUCACACUCUGUCCAAGGGAAGACUCUGGAAGUGUAACGGACGUUGGUUUAAUAAAUGAUUCAAAUUCAAACUAA